GCGAAGCAUGCUGGGAGGCGGGGACCUGCGUCCGCUCUGGACCCACGGGCGACAGUUGGUGUGCGCACGGCUCUCGCGUAACAUCGUAAGCCACUGCGACGGACGGGUCGACGCGGUGUAAUACUUUGGUCCGAUAGCCCUGCGAUUCAGUGGUGCAUUAUGGAUAUGAAGCGUCAUUUUUCUAUGUUUACCUGCUGAGUUCUUAAUAUGUCUUAGGAUAUAUCUUUCGUACGGAAAAAAAAUUAUGCGACGCGCCUCUGCUAGCGGGUUAAGCGCUGCUCCAUCAUAAUUUUUCUUUACGUCCUUUACUAUCCACGAGCAACAUGACAUACCUGCUAAAUGGCAAGUUACUGCGUUGAUGCACGUGUGAAAUCCUUACUGUCUCGCUACGAAGCAUAUAUUAAUUACAUCAUGUCUCCUAAGGGUGACAAUCUAUCCAAAAGCUCUUUUCUCCCUUACUGCACUACAGCAUCUGUAAGACUCAAUAAUUCUAACAACUAAAAUCAAGAUAAAGUACGUAACAUGGUGACAGCAUUCAAAUAAUACUCUCACCAUCCAUCGCAGGAAUGUGAAGACUGCAGUGUUUUGAAGUGAAAUUUAUAUUUAUCUUCGCAGUUCAGUGCCUCAGUAUACAUUGCUGACUGUUCUGUUACUACUGUUCUGUUAACUGCACACAUGGGACAACCACAGCAGUCUUUGGACACCGUCCUCGCGGUGUCCACGGUGAUUCUUCUACUCUUCGCUUCUGCUGGUAUAGUUUCAGCCCAAGGUCGAGUGAAGCAAGUGCGAGCAGUUAUCAACGGAACGGCCCAACUUCCUUGCGACAUGACGCCACCUACCCCCGGAGACUCCGUAUUACUCGUCAUCUGGUUCAAGAAUGAGAAGACUGCCAUUUACAGCUACGACGCGCGGCGCAAGUCGUGGGAGGGACCCUCCGGCCCGCACUGGAAGCACCCACAGCUGCUGGGCGAGCGCGGCUUCUUCCGCACGGUGGCGACGCCGGCGGCGCUGUCGCUGAGCGACGUCGCGGAGUCCGACGAGGGCGUCUACCGCUGCCGCGUCGACUUCCGCCGCUCCGCCUCCAGGAUACAGCGGGUCCGACUCACCGUCAUCGUCCCGCCCCAACGACCCAAGAUCUACGAUGAGCGUGGGGUGGAGGUGGGACCUGUUGCCGGUCCUUACCAAGAAGGAGGGCAAGCACGCCUCACCUGCGUCGUCUACGGUGGGAGGCCACCGCCGGAAAUCCGCUGGUGGCGCGGCGAGCGGCUGCUGGAGUCCAGGGAGCUUCCAGCGGGGCCGCGCAUCCGCGAGAGGCUGCUGCUGCUGCCGCGCCUCUCCAGGGCCGACCUGCACGCCACGCUCACCUGCCAGGCCGUCAACAGCAACCUCACACUCCCCGCCGAGGCCAGAGUUUCGCUGGACAUUAACUUCAGGCCGCUGUCCACGACCAUCCUGAGCAGCGAGCAGCCGCUGACGGCCGGCCGGCGCUACGAGAUCGCCUGCCGCACCGUGGGGUCGCGGCCGCCGGCGGUAGUCUCCUGGUGGCUGGACAACACUCGACUGCCCGCCAGCACCGACAAGGUUUCUGCGGACGGCAACGAGACCAUAUCGACGCUAUCGUUGACGCCGGAAUAUACGGACGAUGGGCGGCUGCUCACUUGUCGGGCUGAAAACCCUCAGGUGCUUGGAGGCAUCGAGGAGCAUUCAGUCAGGCUGGCUGUUUACUAUGCGCCAUCUACCGAGCUGCGACUGGGCCCUCGACUGCACGCGGACAACGUGGAAGAAGGCAGCGACGUCUACUUCGAGUGCCACGUGCGAGCCAACCCACCUGCCUAUAAGGUCUACUGGAAGUUCGAGGGGAAGACGCUGGUACAGAACCACACUGGCGGUGUGAUAAUGACGCGAGGAGCCCUGGCACUGCAGUCUGUCAGCAGGAAGAACGCCGGCGACUACUCCUGCGUCGCGUCCAACGUGGAGGGCGACGGGGAGAGCCCCCCGCUGCGUCUGCGAAUCAAGUACAAGCCGGUGUGCCGGCCUGGACAGCGGCGGGUGUACGCCGUGGCGCGCCACGAGGUGGCGCACGUCCGCUGCGAGGUGGAGGCCUUCCCGGAGGCCGUCGGCUUCCGCUGGGCCUUCAACAACUCCGCCGAGACGCUGGACGUGCCGCAGUCGCGCUUCAACUGGUCGGCGGGCGCCUCGCAGCUGGCGCACGCCCCCGUCAACGACAUGGACUACGGGUCCGUGCUGUGCUGGGCCGACAACAGCGUGGGGCAGCAGCGGCGGCCCUGCGUCUUCCACAUCGUGCCGGCCGGUCAGCCUGACGUGCCGACCAACUGCUCGGUGCUGAACCAGACGUCGCAGUCGGUGGUGGUGCGCUGCACGCCCGGCUUCGACGGCGGCCAGCCGCAGAGCUUCCUGCUGGAAGUGCUGGAGGCGGCCAACGGCCACCAGCUGUUCAACAUGACGCAGCUGCGGCCACACUUCGUCGUCGACGGGCUGGCCGCCGGGCAGCUGCUGCAGCUACGCAUCUCCGCCGUCAACGCCAAGGGCCGCAGCGACUCCGUCACCCUGGACGCGGCCACGCUGAUGCCGCCAGAGAUGCGCGCCAGUAAGUAUCAGGACGUAGCGGCUGGAUGCUGCAGUAACGCCAGCUGUGUCAGCUCAGUGUUGCUUCUAUGUGCUGUGACUGUGUAA